AUGGCCUUCAUCCUUGCUACUUUAGGGGCUUUGAUUAUUAUGUCACGUGCACGAGAAGGAUCAAUCGGGUCGUCAAGUAGGACUCGACAUUCGGUUGAUGAGGAUGAGGAUAACGUGUUAGACAUUCCUACUGGAGUGGAGAUCGGGGCUUGGCGAGGUGAAUCGGGUGAUUCAUCUCAAGAGAUGGGCUUAGGGAUUAAUAGUGCUGACGGACUUUACGGGGUUAAGGUUAAUGAGACAUUUUUGUUGGGUAAGAACCAUCCCUCAAAAUUCACCAACAUAAACCAAAUGUAUAACCUUCGAAUAUUAUACAACAUACCUAAAUGGGUUAGCCUUCACGCACCUGGUACGGCCCUUAGGGCGGAUCAUAGUGUCGCGGGUUGGGUGUGUAUGUAUGAGAAGACCUUCAAAGAGGGUCUACGACUUCCUCUUCCCCGCUUGGUCCUAGAGUUCUUGCAUUAUUAUCAUAUCUCACCGGGUCAACUCAUGCCUAAUGUCUGGCGAGUGUUGAUGGGUAUGCAAGCUUUUGGAGAACUGAAGGGCUUCGAGGUCGAUCUUGAAGAUGUGUUGGCUACUUACACGGUUCAAGAAAAUAACAUGGAGAGAGGGCGAUACCAGUUAUCACGGGGAAAAAAGCUUCCCGAAUUGGUUUGUGGUGUUACGGAUUCUGGUUUGGCCUGGAAACAAAAAUAUUUUUUUAUGAACUAUGAUGCCCUUGGCGACCUGACGGGCUAUGAUAUUCCAUCAUCUUGGUGUAAUGCCCGACAUCUCGACGUUCCUUGGCCGGUGAGUAAUAGAAAUUUGGAAAGAAGAAGAGCACGUUUCACCACAUUUCCUAGCAACAAGAGGCAUUGGAGAGUUAUCUUGGGAGAAGAGAGUUUAAGACAGACUACUUUGUGGAGUUCCGUCCCUCCUGGUCCAGAAGACUACGUGAUGUCGCACCCUAAGAUGAAUCUUCUUCCAGAAAAGGAUAGCUAUGAAACUUACUUGAAGAUGCGGGAGAAGAAGAAGGCAUCCGGCAGGGGCAAGAAGGGUGGUUCGGGUAGUGAGCCCGUUAGUGAAUCCGACGUCCAAGUAGUCGAACCGUCGGGGCGGUCAAAGAGGAAGAAGAAAGCAGUGCCUUUUGAGGUCCCGGACUACUCCGAUGGCUCUAUCCAUCUCACACUUCCUAGUGGGACUUCAGCCCAGACCGACUAUGAUUCGUGUGCGGAUCAUUUUGAGCGUCUGUUGCUAGAGGACGACCGCGCUAGGAUGUUGAAGGUUGGCGUGGUUGAUUCUGCCAGCACUGCCGCCCGUCUUGCGUUUCAGGGCUAUCAGUAUACUCUGUUCAUGAAGGAGCAGCUGGUAGAGGCGGCUGACCAGCUCAAGGUGGCUCUGAGAGAGCAAGACGCCCUUCGGAAGGAACUCGAGGAAGAGAAGGGUCGUUAUGAAACGGCAGAGAAGGAGCUGAGGGAUGAGCUAUCCUUGAAGAGUCACCUGAUUUCUACCCUUCAGUCUCAGAUAGGGCAGUUGGAGGCGACUUUGGAGGUCCGAGAGGAGGAGCUUCGGUUUAGCCAUCUUCAGACGGUCGUUCUUACCCGAGGUGAGAUGAUGAAGGAGUUCAAGGAAGGGAAAGCGGGUUCCUGGAACGUAGAGAAGGGCAUACGUGAGAUGGAGGAUGUACUACGUGACAGGGCUGAAGGAGUGGGAGUGGUUGAUGCCACUACUGACGGCGAGGGCGACGGGGGCGAUGACUAGACUUAUUUGUAGUUGAAACUUCUUCAAACAAUUUCUAUUUGGUUAUGUAAUAGUAAUUAGGCUCUUCGAACUUGAUAUUAUCUACUUUUCUCCCCUAGUUUGAUUCUAGUCUCUUUUGGCUAGACUUGGACUUGGUAUUUGUAGGACAUGUCAUUUUUCGGUAUAUUCGGCCCGAUCAGUGGGUUCGCUCUUUGAUGCUUUA